AUGGCGACAAAGCCAAAACUGAAAGAACAGGAAGAAGAAGCCAUGCUGCUGCAAGGCCAAGCUGAUAUUUUGCACUACACGUACAACUUUGUCGAAAGCAUGGCCUUGAAAUGCGCUGUGGAGCUUGGCAUUGCAGACAUCAUAAACUCGCAAGGCCAACCCCUAACUGUGCAUCAAAUUACAGAGAAAAUUGCCUCGCCGGCCGCAGACAUUGAUAACCUCUCGCGCCUGAUGAGGUUUCUCGUCCAGAAAAAUCUCUUCGAGGCAACCACUGAUACCAAAAGUGGAGACCUUCUCUACGGCCUAACGUAUUCAUCCAAGUGGCUUCUCCGCAGUGAGGAACAAACGCUAGCCCCACUAGUGCGUCUGGCCACUCUUCCUAGUCACGUGGCCUCAUGGCUAUGCCUCAGCCAAUGCAUAAAAGACGGUGGAUCUGGCUUUGAGAAGGCAAAUGGGUUUAGCCUCUAUGAUGAGAGAUCUGGUAACCAACGAAGUUGCUUCGAUGAGGCUAUGGCAUGUAUAUCUAGGAUUGUCAUGAAAGCAAUCUUGUCAAAUUAUAGAGAUGUGUUUGAUGGAGUGGGUUCGAUUGUUGAUGUUGGAGGGGGUAUAGGCAUCUCUGUGGCUGAGAUUGUUAAGUCACAUCCUCAUAUACGAGGUAUCAACUUUGAUCUACCGGACGUGGUGGCUACUGCACCAACUUACCCUGGGGUGACACAUUUGGGUGGUGACAUGUUUAAUGUGAUUCCGAAUGGUGAUGUCAUUUUCAUGAAGGCCAUUCUGCACAAUUGGAGUGAUGAGAAAUGUGUUACCAUCCUGAAGAAUUGUCGGAGAGCUAUACAUGAGAGAAAGGGAAAGAUCAUCAUAGUUGAUGGGGUUCUACAACCAGAUGGUGACAGAAAGAUGGACACUGUUGUGCAAAGGUACGAUCUAACGAUGAUGGCACAAACUCCAAGUGGGAAGGAAAGGACUGAAGCUGAAUGGAAGAAAUUGCUGAGUGAAGGAGGCUUUGGUCGCCAUGAGAUCAUCAAAAUCCCAAGCUUCCUAGCGCUCAUAGAAGCUUACCCAGAAUGA